AUGCCACGUCCUAGUAAAAGAUCAAGAAUUGCAAAGAACUUAAACAGAGUAGCUAGUACAGGAGCCUUUGCCAAAAAAAUAAAGUCAACAAAUGAAGAACUUGUGGACUUAUACGAAAUUGAUUAUGAAGAUGAUAUCAUUUUGAAUGACAGAGAGCUUCAGAGAAUGACUGAAAAUGUUACUUUGGCUGGAUUUACAAUUGGCACUCAUAGCACGACUAUGGAUGAAUCAGCCCAGUCUUCCAAAAAAGAUGUCAAAGUUUCUUCUAUAGACAAGCUCACCUUAGUAAAGCUUGCAUAUGAAGAUGUGACAAAGAACCUUGUUCCUUUUACACGCCCUGCAUCUGAGAGAGCAUCCAUGGAAGUAUGGGUAAAUGCAAACACCUAUCGUCUUGCAAUGAUCAGAAAAUACGCCAAAGAAUAUCUCGAUUUUUGGUCAAUUGCAUUGCAUCAACAAGGAAAGCAUGCCAGACGACCUUCCUUAUUUUCUGAUGAAGACUUUAAGACAACAAUUUGCAAGUGGAUUCAGCAGCAAAGACCUGAAAGUCGCAGUGCAAUUUUAGUAAAAAAGAACAUUGAUGAAAUUGUUGUGCCAGAAAAACUUGGAAUCCCAGGGAAUGUUUUGACAAGCAUGAUAUGGAAGUAUCUUCAUAAAUGGGGAUACAUCUUUAGAAAAAACUCUAAAGAUAUCUACUAUGAUACAAAGAUGGCAAGCUUUGGUACUAAUAGUGACGUGACUAUGCCACAGCUAUCAACUGAUGAAGUAGAGCAUGUUCUCGUCACUCAUGAUGAGUCGACGUUCUAUUCAAAUGAUGGAAAAGAAGCUAUGUGGCUAGUAGAGGAUGAGAAUCCUAUCAGAAAGAAGGGUCCUGACAUGUCGCUUAUGAUUAGUGAAUUUAGAUAUGCAUGCCAUGAUACAAUGCUAGAUAGCAACACUAUUUCUUUAUUUGCGCUUCUCCACCCUGAAUGCAAGGCUGUGUUUGUAUUUGGCCAAAGCACAAACCAUAAGGCAUAUAGUCAAAAUGCUUUGAUAGUAAACAAGAUCAACUUAGACGACAAAGAAGUUGAAGAAGAUGAUCCUUGUGUGUUAAGAGAAACCAUAUUUGCCCAAGAUGGCGUUGAAAAAAAGGUGAAGUAUAUGAAGGGUGUCUGUACGAUUCUUGAAGAGUGUGGUAUGUGGUUAGAGAAGGACCCAUACAAUCUACGCAAAAAGUGGAAAUUAGAUUGUAAGAGUAAAGACGCCUCUGAAGGUAGUAAGUGCUGUGCACAUCAUUUUCUGACUUCUCAGCCAGAUUUCUUGUCACAGAAAACUGUUCUUCAUGAGGCUAUUGAAGGCUCUGGCCAUCUAUUCGAGCUUUAUCUAAAGUUCUAUUGCGAUUGCAAUUGGAUUGAAAGGUACCGGGGUGCUGCUAAGCAUGAAGCUCGCCUCCAGUGUAAUUACAUCUACAAGUCCCAUUACAUUGAGGCAUAUAGCCAAAAAAUGAAUGUGAAGGAAGCACAUGAAGCUGUUAAGCAAUUCACAAGCAGAAAGUAUACUUCUUGUUGUCGUGAUGAAGGGAAAGAUUAG